AUAAGAUAAAUUAUUAUCAGUUUUGUACGAGUGAGCAUCCAGCCAUGGAUGAAAUAAUAAUAAGGAAUUCCGUGAAAGACGAUUGCGAAAGGAUAUUUAAACAACUGCAGAAUGAAACUUGCAGUCAUGAAGAUUAUGUCACAUUACAAGAUUUUGUAGAAAAUGGAUUUCAGACUGCCCAUCCACCUUUCGAAAGUAUUAUAGCAGAGGAUGAAAACAAUACUUUGGUUGGCUUUGCAAUUUGGUCAAUAGGAUAUUCAACAUGGAAAGGGAUGAAAAUGUUUGUUGAAGAACUGUGGCUUUCUGAACACCUAAGAGGGACGGAGUUUGAGGCAAAGUUUGUUUCCAGGUUGAACCAGGAGGCUUUGAAGCUCGGAUGCGCUGAAAUUAGGACUACUACAGAAAAAGGGGCCUACAUGGCAGAGAUUUUCCUCAAAGCCGGAGGCAUCGAUGCCACAGAGGCUGAAAAAUGGCAUUUAUUUUCAAUUGAAAAUAAAAACACGAACCAAUAAAAAUAUUCUUAACAUUAUUAAUUUUAUCAACAAUUACACAAAUAAUGAUUUUUUAUUGAACAUUUUUAAAAUUAUGAAUAAAUAAUAUUAGCAAUGAAGUUUGACUGUUCAGAAACACACAAACAAGAAACACAAACCAAAGAGAAAGAAAACUAUCUAUGAUAUUUCUAUCUACCUAAGUAUUACACCAAUUUUUUUUUUGAGGAUCAAUUUUUGGAUAUUUUCUUUCAUUAUAAUAAUAGUCACUGAGGCAAGAUAUUCUAAAAUUUGAAAAUUCCUGGGGAAUUUUUUGACGAUAGGAAUAUAAAAAAUAAUUGAGCAAUUUCUUCUUGUGAUGUGCGGGGUAUUUGUAUUUACAGCUUGAAUAUUUCUGGUUAUUUUGCCAUCUUCAUCUGUUGAUAUGUGUUAUUUUGUAAAACUCACUAAGAUGGAGCAAUGUCAAAAUACAUCUGACAGACCAAACCAGUUUUAGGCAGGUCGGUAUGACCAGAAACAGCCAUAUUCUAAUGAAAUAAAACUUGCAUAUUUAAGCUAUUUUUUAAUCUAACACACUAUGAUUGUAACAAUAAACAAUAUUAACAAAGAUAAACCUAGAGCAUAUUUGUGUGUUUUAGAAUUUUAUCAUAUUUCUGUUUACACAAAAAAACCUUUUCUCAUUUAAAACUCGCGCUUUACACUUGUAUAUUUUCUCUACUUAACAGAAAAACAUUGAAUUAUAGAUAUGCAACCUAACCCGUACCUAACAUUCACCUAACCCUACCUUACUUAGCCCAACCCAUUCUUCACAUUAGCCUAACCUAGCUUAACCUAAUCCAACUAAUGCGUACUCGCUAGUAAUGCAAAAUCUAUGUCAUGAAAAUUUAAAUUUAUGGUCUUUACUCAAUGUUAAAUACAUUGAUUUAGUUUCAUUUGAAUUUUUUCUAUGUCAAUUGAGUCUUAAGUUCUUAGUCAAGACACUUGUUAUAAUUCUUCUUUUAAGCACUGGGAAAUUGCUUUUUAUAAAAUCCAAUAAAGAAACACUUAGAUUGUCUAAUAUAUAUAGUAAGUUAUACAUUAAAAUUUUUUUUUAAGUUUUGGUCUAUCACACAAAUUUAGGCAUCUUAAGAGUUUAGUGUAUUAAUUUGAAAGGUAGACUAAAAUGAUCAGUCACGACCAAAUUAUAGGUUCAUCUCAUGAUAUUUUAUA